GCGGGAAGGGGGUGUUCUUUGAGACCGGAAAUGCCGGCAAGGACUGUUCAGAUCUGUGUCUCUAUAAGCGCCUUCUACGUCUGUGGUUCGGUGGUGCUCAGCACGCGCUCGGCGGCCAACAAGGAGCGCCACGUGCGAGAGGGAGUGGAAUCGGCUUCCAGAACCAGGAGAGCACCCAAAGCCGAGUGAAAGAAAACAGCAGAAAUGUUGCGCAGGCCACUCCUGCAGGUCCUGCGUCAGUUUGUGAGACACGAGUCUGAGUCAACGAUGCCUUUAAUACUUGAAAGAUCACUGAAUCGCAUCCAGCUCCUUGGCCGCGUUGGGCAGGAUCCUGUCAUGAGACAAGUGGAAGGAAAAAACCCAGUCACCAUUUUCAGCCUUGCAACGAACGAGAUGUGGAGAUCGGGAGAAAGCGAGGUCUUCCAAGGAAGUGAUGUUACCCAGAAGACAUCAUGGCACAGGAUCUCGGUGUUCAGGCCGGGCCUAAGAGAUGUGGCUUAUCAGUACGUCAAGAAGGGCGCCCGAGUCUACGUGGAGGGGAAGGUUGACUAUGGUGAAUAUGUAGACAAAAACAACGUCAGGCGGCAAGCCACAACAGUCAUAGCAGAUAACAUUAUUUUCCUGAGUGACCACACUAAAGAAAAAGAAUGAGCUGUCAUGUUUUUGGACUGUAGCUGGUGUUCCUCUUAUUUUUGUAGCAUUUCCUGAUUCUGUAAUCAUGUCUGUUCCUAAAAUUUCUUUGCCAUCAUUAAAAAAAAUAUUUUGUACAAAU